AUGACUAUCACUAAAACUAUCACAGUGUUACCAGGAGACCAUGUUGGUUCCGAGGUGUGUGGCGAAGCCAUUAAGGUUCUUAAAGCCAUUGAAGAAAGCUCUUCCAAAGAUAUCAAGUUUGAAUUUAAACACCAUUUGAUUGGAGGAGCUGCAAUUGAUGCCACUGGAGUUCCAUUACCCGCUGAAGCCUUAGAAGCCGCUAAGCAAUCACAUGCCGUUCUUUUAGGUGCCGUUGGAGGUCCUAAAUGGGGUACCGGUGCCGUCAGACCAGAGCAAGGGUUAUUGCAAAUUAGAAAGGAAUUGAACUUGUACGCCAACUUAAGACCUUGUAACUUUGUUUCCGAUACUCUUUUGGAAUUGUCCCCUUUGAAGAGUAACAUUGUUAAGGGAACCAAUUUCACUGUGGUUAGAGAAUUGGUUGGAGGUAUUUACUUUGGUGAAAGACAAGAACAAGAAGACUCUCAAGACGGUGAAUCUGCUUGGGAUACCGAAAAGUACUCUGUGGCUGAAGUUAGUCGUAUCACCAGAAUGGCCGCCUUUAUGGCUUUACAACAUAACCCUCCAUUACCUAUUUGGUCAUUGGAUAAAGCCAAUGUAUUGGCAUCCUCAAGAUUAUGGAGGAAGACCGUCGACAAAGUGAUGAAAGAAGAGUUCCCUCAAUUGACUGUGCAACAUCAAUUAAUUGACUCGGCUGCUAUGAUUUUGGUUAAGAAUCCAACUCAAUUAAAUGGGUUAGUUAUUACUUCAAAUAUGUUUGGUGAUAUUAUUUCCGACGAGGCCUCGGUUAUCCCCGGUUCCCUCGGUUUGUUACCCUCGGCCUCGUUGGCCUCGCUCCCUGAUACGAAUUCCGCUUUCGGGUUAUACGAACCUUGUCAUGGUUCAGCUCCAGAUUUACCAGCUAAUAAGGUUAAUCCUAUAGCUACCAUCUUGUCUGUGGCUAUGAUGUUAAGAUUAUCGUUGGACUGUGUUGCAGAGUCGGAAGCUUUGGAAUUGGCCGUGGGUCAAGUCUUAGACUCAGGUAUAAGAACUGCAGACAUUAAAGGUACCAAUUCAACUCAAGAAGUUGGUGAUGCUAUUGCAUCUGCUGUUUCGAAAAUCUUGAAGUCAGCUUAG